ACCAGAAUUGUCAGGCCAUGGGAGCACGCGCAGCGAAAAACGCUUGUCGGUCGCAGGCCUCCCGCCGUUAUGCACUCGCGACCACCAACAUCCCUCUAUAAAGCGACUUACCUCGCUGGCAGACUGGUCUUCACCCGCUCCUCUCCCUCCCCUUGCCACUUGGCACCUUCUCCCCCGUCCCAGUCCUUUCGUUCCGGUUCCAUUCCAGGUCUUGCACCAUGGCCUCAGAGCCGUCCACCCUCUCGCACCAGUCCUCCGGAAGCACGCUCGGCCCUAGCUCACAAAGGCCUCUGAACAAGGAAAGGAACUCUGAGAGCUUCAUAGAUCAAGCGGAAGAAGACCUCACUCUCCCGACGCGGCAGCUCACCGACGAGGCGAACCUCGAUGAGUACCGCCGGGAGACCGCAACCGGCACCAUCGUCCAGCCCCACACGGCCCCCGACGGACAUCAGGAAAAGUACAAGCUCGUGACCUUCACGGUCGACGAUCCUGAGAACCCGAAAAACUGGAGCAAGGUCAAGAAAUGGUGGUGCACCCUCAUGAUCGCCUCCGUGUGCUUCGUCGUCGCCUUCAACUCGGCAGUUAUCACGGCCGACAUCCAGGGCCCUGCAGAGAGGUUCCAUGUCAGCAACGAAGUCUCGCUCCUCGCGGUAACACUUUUCGUCAUAGGCUUCGGUGUCGGCCCGAUGUUCUUCGCACCUAUGAGCGAGCUGUUCGGUCGGCGUAUCAUGUACGUCUCGACGCUCGCGUUCGGCCUCGCCUUCAUCGUCCCGUGCGCCGUUGCCCGGAACAUCGGCACGCUCCUGGUCUGCCGCGCUAUCGACGGAAUUGGCUUCAGCGCUCCCCUGACCAUCGUCGGCGGCACGCUCGCCGACAUGUGGAAGAACGAGGAACGCGGUGUCCCCAUGGCCGCCUUUAGCGCCGCCCCCUUCCUGGGUCCCGCCAUCGGCCCGCUCGUCGGCGGCUUCGUCGCGGACGACAAGGGCUGGCGCUGGCUGUACUGGGUCCAGCUCUGGAUCACCGGCCUCGUCUACGUGCUCAUGUUCUUCACCGUCCCCGAGACGUACGCGCCGACGAUCCUCCUCAAGCGCGCCAAGAGGCUCCGCAAGGAGACGGGCGACGCGACGUACGUGACCGAGCAGGAGCUCGACUCGCGCUCGCUCGCGGAGCGCCUCCGCGUGUACGUCUUCCGCCCGUUCCAGCUGCUCACGCGCGAGAUCAUCGUGCUGCUCCUCACGCUGUACAUGUCCGUGCUCUACGGGCUGCUGUACAUGUUCUUCGUCGCAUACCCGAUCGUCUACCAGGAGGGCAAGGGCUGGUCCUCGCACAUGACGGGCCUGAUGUUCAUCCCGAUCGCGCUCGGCGUCCUGCUCAGCGCGGCGCUCGCGCCGAUGGUGAACAAGCACUACAACUACCUCUGCCGCAAGGCCGGCGGCGUGCCCCCGCCAGAGGCGCGCCUCAUCCCGAUGAUGGUCUCGUGCUGGCUCAUCCCGAUCGGGCUCUUCAUCUUCGCCUGGACGUCGUACCCGGACGUGCACUGGAUCGGGCCGUGCAUCGGCGGCUUCCCGGUCGGCUUCGGCUUCAUCUUCCUGUACAACUCGGCGAACAACUACCUCGUGGACUCGUACCAGCACCAGGCGGCGAGCGCGCUCGCGGCCAAGACGUGCCUGCGCUCGUUCUGGGGCGCGAGCGUCGUGCUCUUCACAGAGCAGAUGUACCACCGCCUCGGCUACGAGUGGGCCGGCUCCCUCCUCGCGUUCAUCUCCCUCGCGUGCUGCGCCAUUCCGUAUCUCUUCUACUUCAAGGGCGCCGCGAUCCGGAAGCACUCCAAGUUCGCCUACUCGGGCGACGAGACGCUCCCGACCUCGAACAAACCAAAAAACUGAUCCCUUUCUUCCUAUUCUCCUUGGAUUCUCUCUCGACACUGACAGUACCCUAAUCGUCGUCCUGUUAUACCUGUUAUACCUAUAGCCCUUGGCUAUCGUUAUUGUGACAUCAGUCUAGUUUUGUAGAACCUGGAGAUCUCCUGUUGUUUGUAUAGAUACCAGUCACGGUAGCGUCAAUGAUUAAUCGCACACCAUUGUCCCAGUCGUAUUGUGUGACGCGCGCCUGGUCGACCCUGGAGAAGAUCUGCGCGGCCCCGAUCUCAGGAACGCGCUCUUCCCGCGAGCCUGCUUUAUUAAGAACCGCCCCUUCGCACACUCGGUCCCUGCUGCGAAGAGUCGGCUGAGAGGCGGUGGGCACCGGGCACGGAGUGUG